CACAAUGGAUCGCCGCCAUGUUUGUUCUAUGCUAGUUCCAGUUGUUCACCCCAGUUGUUGUUACAUCGAAGCUCCAAACAUUCCACUCCCGUGUUUUGCGCGGUCGAAAUGGUGAAUUUCUAACAACUAAAUGGUAAACCCAGCGGUGUAGUCAGGCUCGUAGCGGCGCGCUCCACACAUCAUGUCGGCCAGCGAGCAGGAAUAUAACUUUGAUGAAUAUGACAAACCUGGAACUGAGCGUUCACGCAGGAGGAGAGGUGAAGAUGAUGAUCUAGAGAGUGACUUGGAAGAGGAUUUACUGGAGGAAGAUUCACCGUUGGGUAAAAAGAACCUUUCUGAAGAUGAAGAUGAAGAACUGAAUGAUGCUCUUCUUCAAAGCGAUGAUGAGGAUCUAUUCAGUGGUCAGGAUGUGAGCCUCAAUGCCACGCACAGCUUGGACACAUCAUUCGACCCACAACAGAGCCUGCAGGAUGCAGACUACUCAGACGACGUGGUCAACCUGGGAACGGAGGACUACGAGGCACGGGAUGUGGAGCAGGGCUACCAGGAGGAAGGGGGCGAGGAGUACACGGAGCACUACAGCCAGGAUGACGUGCAUGAAGGCCACGUGGAUUACACUGAAGACGUAGCUGAGGAUGAGUUCCAGGAUGAAGUGCUCGACAUCCAAAUCAAUGAGCUCAUAGAUGGCGACUUUCAAGACAAUGAAUACCAAACAUCUUAUGAUGAAGGAGUGGUGCAGGAAGUGGCCCCAGAGGAGGAGGAGGAGUUGGGGGUUGAAGAACAGCAAGCAGCGGAAGACUCAACGGCGGGCUCUCAGGCCUUUGAAACAAAUGUGGUUGAAAAUGAAGGUGUGCCUGAAGAAGAGACAAAGGAGGACUCGGAUGAUGAGGAGGAUGAAGACGAAGGGUCUGGUCGCAUCCGCUUCAAGUCAGAGAGAAAGGACAGCGGCAUUGUGCGACUGGCUGAUACAUGCACAAAGAGGAGGAAUAUCCCUGAAACACUAGAACUGUCAGAGAAGGCCAAAAAAGAUCUGAUAGAGUAUGAGCAACAAGAACGGCAGAGGCGGCAAAAUCGUUAUGGGGGCCGAGGAAGAGGAAACUUUGCUGGCUUUGGAAUGCACAACAUGAGAGGAGGAAGUCGAGGAAGAAUGAAUGACCACAUGUUCCACAAGAGGGGCAACAUGGGCAUGCAGUCCUCUCGAGUGCCUCUCCUGCUCCUUCCCCAUCAACAGCCACUGCACUCUCAGCACCUCCACCACCACCACCACCACCACCAACAACAACCUUCUCGCCCGAGAGGGCCUCCUCCAUUUCAAGAGCACGGACGGCCACACGCACAGCAGCCACUCCAGCCCCUUAUCCCACCGCACAUGACUCACCGAUCGCCACCUGUGCAGCCCCAGAUGGAACCACCCUCACGACUGAUGGGCUCCCCACCACCUAGCUUCCCCCAGCAUCAUAACCAGCAGCAGCAACCGCCGCAGCUGCCGCAGCCGCUUCCGCCGCAGCCGCCUCAACAACCAAAAAAUAUCCACAUUAACCCCCACUUUAGAGGCUCAGCGCCAUCCUCUGUUCCAGUGCCCUUGAUGCCUCCUGCUCCGAGCCAGCCCAGACCCACUGUGGGCCCUCAAAGGUUCCCCGGACCGGGAGACUUCCAUCAGCACAUGCCAAAUAAUUUUGGUCAAACCCAGCGGCCGCCUCAUCACAUGGAGCCCUUCAGGAACCAUCCUCAUCAAGGCCCCCAGGACAGAGAGCCCCUCUUUAUGGGAGGCCCAGAACACGCUGAUCCAACCCACUUUCCAGGGCAGCACAUGUUUGAUCACCGGGGCCCCAGCUCGCUGUUGAACGCCAACCUGCAUCAGCAGCAACACAUGCCCAGUCAGGGACACAUGGGCUUCGGCCAACCAGGACCUGCCUUCAGCCAGCCAGGCCUCGCCCCACCAGGACUGUUUCCUAGGGAACCUCUAAGACCAGGUCUCCCCCCUCCCCAAGGUCACCAGGGGAUGGUCGGCAUGAAUCAACAAGGUCCUCCUCCCAACCAGGCCAGGCCCUUCAUGAGCCCUCGUCAGCCCUUCGGUCAGCAGGGGAACCUUUUCCCCCCACCACAGGCCCAGUUUGGUUUGCAGGGCUUGAUUCACGGACCCCCGCUCUCGCAGCCUCCCCAUCAGGACCCCUUGCCCGCACAUCAGCCCAUCCACCAACCGCCUCAUCGGCAGGAGCUACUCCAUCAUCAGCAGCCACAACAGCUAAAUCUCAAUGAGCCUCCCCCCUUGCUGCAUCAUGGACAAAAUCUCUUCCAUCAACAGCACGGCAGUCCGAGACAGGGGAGCCCCCGCCUUCAAAAUCUCCAGCAGCGCAACAUGUCCAAUAGGCAAAGAAUGAACACACCUGUUUCCAAGCCAAUGCAUCCUCAGCGCAACAGCAACCUACGGGAGCUCCCUGUAGCACCUGGCAACACAAAUAUGAACAGCUCCCGCCCCACCGGCUCCCUUGCCACCAACGUCAGGCCUGUUGCCAAGGCAACACAGGGGGUGCGUCCCAUGCAGAGCGCUCAGACCGUGCCUGGCAGUGGCAGAGGAAGAGGCCAGGUUGCUGCAAAGACUCCCUCACUGCCUGGGGCCAUGGGCAGGACUGUGGUUUGCAAAGAAGUCCCAAGCAGCACAGCACCACAGGAUCCAGAUGAGGAUGAGGAGACCCGGCAGUACCGUAUGAAGCUUGAGGAGCAGAAACGCCUCAGGGAGGAGAUCCUAAAGAAGAAGGAGUUGAGGCGGCAGAUGCAAGCCGGCGUCCGGAAGAAGGAGCUCCUGGACAGGAUCAACACCCAAACUCCAACCCAAAGUCUGGCUCCUUCACAGAAUCCACCAUCUCAACAAAACCAACCAGCACCACCCUCAAUACAGCACCCAGCGAUACCACCACUACAGCAGCCCCAGGAACAAAGACAGCUGCAACAGCAGAGACAAAGAACACAGCAAUCAUUAAAUCAGAUAAAUAAUCCUAAUCAAGGCAACCCCAAUGGCAUGGCUCUUAUGCAAACACAUCGCCCCAAUGUCAAGGCACGCUUGCAGAUGGUAAAGGGAAAUAACCAGCAACCACAGACUCCCAUCCUUGGUCCAGACCAGCAGUGGAGACAGCCCCCUCGAAGCCUGCAACAGCAGAGAAGGACAAGCGGACUGCAGAAUGCAAACAAACCAGGCACUCCUAACCAGUUUGCUCAGGCCCCCCUUAAUAGUAUACCUGUGACUUCCUCAUUGGGGCCUGGUCAGCCCCAGGCUCAAGGACUUAAACCUGGGGCUAAAAGAACUGUGAUGCAGCGAGCCAAGCUUACUGACAGUGAAGGCCAGCAGGUGCCGCAAAAAGUCAGAGUGGUCAAACUUUCAGGCGGGCCUGGAAAGGGACCAGAGGCCAUGAACAUCCCAAUGCAGCAUCAGCAACAAGGUGCCUGGUCAGAAAACCCUCUGAAGCAGGGCAUCCAAAGGAAUAUCACCAUGGCAGGACAACAGACAAGCCAAGGAGUCAUGGGCCACCUGCAGCACAACAGGGUUGUGGUAUCCGGGCAGGGCCGAGGUAGAGGGGGUGCUCACAUGGGUCGCGGAGGGCCCAUCGCCGCCCGACAAGGCCAAAAGGUUACGGAAAAUCAACGGCGUACUGUUACUAUCGAGGGACUCUCUUCAUCCACGAGUGAUGUGCGCCUGCAGAGCCUGUUGAGAUCCAUCGGCCCCAUAGAGAUGUUCAGAAUGAUACCUCAGCAAAGGAAAGCAAUUGCCACCUUUUCAAGUCCCCAGCAUGCAGCAAGCUUUCAAAUGAGCUUCCACAGGCACAUGAUUGAUUUGUCCCACAUUGACGUGAAGCUGAUUGACGGAUGAGGAGCCACGCCGAUAAUGAGAGGAGCUCCCGAUGUGGCGGCCCUCUCUUUCACACCUCCAGCCUCGCUGUAGGAUGCUUUGCCUCCACUGUUUCGGGGUCAGUCAGCCAUCCUUUGUGCACAGAGGCGUCCUUCUCCAACUUUGAACAACAAUAAGACGUUGACUAGGAGCAUGCUCAACGACCCUACCAAUGUGCAAAGUAGAGAAACCACACUUUUAGUCUCGUUUGUGUACAAUGACUCACUCAAUACGUCACACAUGGACAUUAAGUAUGUCUUCUUGUGGGAUAAUGGUUGCUCCCCUCCAUGUCUACUUUAUAAUACUCUAAUAACAUUGGAUUCGAUGAAAGCAGCGUGUUUAUCCGGCAGGCAGAUGUUGUAGUUGGCCGUAUUUCUCUGUAGAGGGCAGCAUUUCGUCACGUAUGUCAAAGCAAGGUGUUUUGUGGCAUAUAGCGCUCCCAAGUGGACAACUAGAAGCACUGGGAUUGAGGAGAAAUGUCUGGGAUGUGGUGCUUUUUUGCUUUUGUCAUGGUUCUGUUGGUUGAAUCAGGAAGACAGAAUAGGUUUGUGAUGACCGUUGAGUGCUUUUAACUGGUUUACAGAUGGCAAACAUUUGGCCAAAUAUGUUUUAUUUGUCUGAUAAAGGAACAGUUGGAAUUAGAAUUUUUAAGAAGCUGCUUUGUAUUUUUGGUUUUGGGUUGAGGAAUAUCCUUUGUUUUUGUUUUUAUGAUUUUAGGAUGCAUAUAAACUCAGAGAAAAAGGAACGCUUGUCUCCUGUAGACCAUUACGUCUACACCGGAUUGCUCCUCUCUUCAAUUAGUCCAAGUUCUGAGCAGUUUGCCUUUUGGAAUGUUGUCAUUAAAAUAAACUCCAUCGGGAUGCUCGACGGCUCCUCACGCGCAGGAAUGCCAACCUGAUCCACUUUUUAAAUUUGCUCUAAUACCCUCCGGCCGCAAUUACCAACCAAAUGACAACUUUUAACCUGUUACACUGACACUAGGUUUAUCAUUUCAUUGGGCAGUAAGUCACAUUGAUAUAGCAUUCAACCUCAGUUUUGUUGCACUGUCAAAUGGAAGGUGAGGGGGCAACCAUUAUCGGUGUCGAAAUGUUGUACAUAGUCACUAUUUACCCCCCACAAGCGUUUGUUUGGAGCUGUAACAUUUUUAUUAUAUGAGCAGAAGGUCCAGGCAUAAAUUCAUUUCUCUAUUAGUUUGUGUCUGAUGUAGAGGCCAAAGUGGCAGACAAAAUCUGACUGGACCGUAUUUGUGUUGACGAGACAGAACAUCUUGAGGGAAAAUAAAAAAGAUGGCCAAUAUAGCCGUGAGCCAGCGGGUAUGUGAAGCCUGUUGAACUGUACGCCCAAAGACGUGUCGCUGUGUGUGAUGUUCAUUUUACAUAUCGUCUUUCACGCGGUCCACGCAACACGCCGCACCUUUUAGAAGGGGGAGUGCCUCCGCCACACGAAACGGGUUAUUCCGUCUCCGUAUGCGUGACGCUAAAAACGACACGAACUGCUGCAAUACCUCAAACCCAAAAAAUGAGAUGUGCUUUUUGCUUCGUUUGUACGUUAACACAGGAAGCAGCGUCAAAGCGGGCAGUCUUCUGCUGUGUUUCUUUAGUUAGCGCAAAUAUUAGCGUGUGGUUACGUCCCAUUACUGCGGCAGACUCCACCCACCGUGCAACCUCGCCAGCAAGCUGUGUGUGUGUGUGUCCGUUCUCUUCUUUAGGACAAAGCACUGUAAAGAUGCUGUAGUCGGGGAUGUCGUGUCUUAAAGGUUGCACCACGUCCCAACAAAGCGCCGCUGAUGAGUGACGCGUUGUCGUGUGACGCUUCCUGUGUGAACGUACUCGAUUCAGCAAAAGCGCCGAUCGGCCUUUACGUCCAGUGCUGUUUCCCUUGCAUCGAAGCAUGUGUGGCUGCACGCAGUGAAGGUCAUCAGGCUUAGACAUGCAAUGUUGUGCACGUGAAACCUCCUGCUGUAUGUUGUACAUUUUUAAUAGAUCUAUUUUCUAUUCCUUUUGUUUUGACUUGAACAGACAGCACAAGGUUAUUUCUUCUUCUGUUGAGUGUUUGUGCUUCUAAAUCCAGUGGAUUUUUUUCUUUUUUUGGUUUAAAUUGAGUACUGACAAUGCCAGUCGUAAUGAUAUAAUAAUACUACUAAUAAUAAUAUAAGACACAUGCUCUUGUGAUGCCACAACAGAUUCAUAUUGAAUCUAUUUGUACCUUUGUUUUUGGAGGGGUUUUCUACAUAUGAUGCACUUUGUUUUCUCUCUGUCACUCGAUCGGGUGCUUUAGAGAUCAAUUCUACCUCGUAAGGUUUAUUAACACUGUUUGCACUGCAUUUUUAUACUAAACUGACUUGUUGUUUUUGCAGGGACGUUUGAUCGGGGGGCAUUUUGCGGAAAUAAUGUAUUUUUUUCCUUCUUCAGGUCACUUCCCCUUUGAGUCCAGGUGGACCUCUGCUUUAUGUAGCACAUCAUUCCAAGGGUUUUGUUUGCUUCUCGUACUGACACGCAUUCACAUCCUCCGACAAGUUUGAUUGACAUGAGUUGUCCACAAAACAUAAGAAUGCUCAAUGUAUUGAUGACACGUGAGGCACAAACUGCAUUAUUCCCUGUUAAAAUGUUAGCACUAAUGAUUUGUUCAUUUUGUUCCUGACUUUCGUGAAAAUAACACUUGAUGUUUGGCUUUAAAAAGACCAGCGGCGAUUGAUUCCGUUGAACGGACCUGUAAUGACCGCCACUCGCCACAGGUGUCGCCAUUAACACGCCAACAUCUUCCCCACAGCCUCCUUGGAGUGGAGUGGGAUGCAGCUUUUGUCUCUUUAUGUGCUCCACUGUGUAACGCUCAUUGUUCCAGUACAGCCGUGCAGCAGCGACCUCGGAGGAACCGACUUUGUCCUUCUUGAUUCUUUCACUGCUUCGCUUUCUUUCUCACACGUUGUCGUCCACGCUGGCCUUGUUCAUUAAGCAGGGCGGCCCUCCCGGAUCACCACUGGAUGGAGUCAGACGCUCUCACAGACUCCUUUACAUGCUUUUUGAAUUUUUUUUUUUCUGUGGAAAAAGACACUUGACUCGCUUUCCGGAAAGUCCAACUUGUUGACCCAAAGCAUCUUGUCAUGUGUGUUGAAACUAUGAUGUACGACAGUAUGACAUGACCUCUGUGCGUGUUUACGAGACCUCAUGAUCGAUGUUGGAUGUACUCAAUUGUCUUGUGUUUUUUAAAGACAUGUUUCAACAAGAUUGUUCAUUUUUAUAUCGCAAAAAAUGACAAUAAAAGAAAGUCAGAAAUGUU